GCGAAGGAUUAGCGAGAGCGAGAGAGAUCGGGCGCUAUUGAAUCGGACGCUGAUAUCUUUAUAUUAUAAUUACAGAAUAACGCACAAGUGUCGCAAUGGUGUCGCACUCGCUGGCUUUACCGAUGAUCUGUUUCACCACGCUGUGGGGUCUGGUCGGGGUUGUCGCCCCGUUUUUUGUACCGAAAGGACCAAACAGAGGUGUCAUCAUAACCAGUUUGGUGCUGACCGCAGUUUGCUGCUAUUUAUUCUGGUUAGUAGCAAUACUGGCCCAAACAAACCCUCUAUUUGGACCUCAGCUUAAAAACGAGACCAUAUGGUAUCUGCGGUACUUCUGGGAGUAGAUGGAGGUGUCCUCUGGAAGACUCUGAAUCCCAUUUCUUAAGGUCACUAUUAUAAUCAAUAAAACCCACAAAAUAGUUAAGGGAACAAUAUUCGUAGUUUAACGACUUCUUCAAUUACAAAAAGAACAAUUUAACUUUUGUUUAAACGUGAACAUGUUACUUUAUGUAACAUAAUGAAUAGAACAUUUGGAAAUGAUAUACAUGUACAAAGAAAUGUAAUCGUGAUAUUCUUGUGAUGUUUAAAGAAUUAUAAGGAAAUCAGUUUGUGUGCUUUGGAUUAGGGAUGGGCGAUACUCCGUAUUUUGUUUUCGAUACGAUACCGAUAUUUUUCAAGGCAGUA